AUGAGAACACUAAAGUGGGACCCACUUUUUGACCCGGAGGAAGAAACUACAACAGCCAUAGCUUGGAUCUCUUUCCCAGAGUUGCCCCCGAAUUUUUUUGUCAAAGAAGCUAUUUUUUCAUUGGCAUCAGCCGUGGGUAAGUCUCUGCAAGUAGAUAUGGCCACGAAGAACCAAUCAAGACCCAGCUGUGCAGGAGUAAAGGUGGAAGUGAAUUUAUUAAGUGAUUUUCCUAAAAGGAUCAAGAUAGGGGUAAGGAAACACAGUACAGGAGAUGUAGUUGAGAAAUGGAUUAGAAUAAAAUAUGAUUAUGUUCCUAAAUAUUGUACAACUUGCAAAUUGCAAGGACAUGAUGAAAAGGCUUGUUAUAUUUUGCAUCCAGAAUUAUAUCCCAAGGAGGACAAAGAUAAUAAAGACAAAGUGCUUGAGGGGGGAAAGGAAGAUGAUAAAGGAAAAGGAACAGACAUCAAAGGCCAGCAAAAUGAGGAUGAACAGAUAUUCAAGGAGCAUAGGUUGAAAAAUAGAUUUGGUAGGGGAGUACAACAAAAAAGGACAGGGGUGACACAACAGUGGAACAAAAAAAUUAGGCCACAGGAGGAAGGUGUUGUGAUUACUGUGAACAAAUUUACUGCACUAGAGGUGGAAGAAGGACAAAGUGAAGAAAACACACAAAAAAGGACAAUGUCAGAUUUGGUGGAAGUGCAGAGGGGUAUAAGCAUAAAUCCAACUGGUGAACUAGUGGCAUGGGUUUCAACUCCUUUCAAAGAAGUUCAAUCAGUAGCAGACACGAAUGAGAUGCUAGAAGAUCUAAAUACACAGGAAAUUAGUGUUAUAAGGAACAAGGAGGAGGAUGAAGAGAUGGAGGAAAACAUUAAAAGCAUUGGCAAAGAGGGUGAUUUCUCACCCAGACUGUUGGACAGACUGAGAAGUGGACUAAGAAGAGCUAAACCAGGGAUUACAGUACCUUUACAGAGAUUGCUAGAUCUUAACAGAAGACAUCACUUUUCAUAUAUUGCUCUCUUUGAGCCAUUUCAAAAUCCAUCAGAAGUAGAGAGUUACAGGAGGAGAAUAGGACUAAGAAAUGCCCUAGUUAACUGUUCUUCAAAAAUAUGGAUAUUCUGGCAUGAAGAGUGGGAGGGACACAUCAUAUCAGACACUAUCCAACAAAUUACCGUGAGAUUCACUCACAUUGGCAGUCAAAAGCAGAUACUAAUGACAGCAGUUUAUGCUAGGUGCAGUGCAAUAGAAAGACUUGAAUUAUGGGAAGAUUUGGAGAAUGUUGUUGAAGGCAAUCACUUGCCUUGGGUGGUAGGUGGGGAUUUCAAUGUGAUACGAAAUGAAGAGGAAAAGAUGGGGGGGUUACCAGUGUCAAAUUUAGAGACUAUUGAUUUUGAGCAAUGUUUGAAUAGUUGUGCCCUUGAAGAGUUAAAGUUUAUAGGAAGUAAAUAUACAUGGUGGAAUGGAAGAAUAGGGGAGGCUUGCAUAUUUAAAAGAUUAGACAGAGUAAUGGGCAAUCAAAAGUUUUUUGAGCUACUCCCAGCUUCAGAAGUAGCACAUCUGCUGAGACAAGGGUCAGAUCAUGCACAUUUACUGGAUAAUUGGAAGAUUGAUUUUGUAGGGUACCCAUUUACAGAAGUACAUACAAAGAUGAAAAAAGUAAAGGUUGCUCUGGCAGAAUGGAGCAAAAAAGAAUAUGGGAAUAUUUUCCAGCAAAUUGCUACAUUAGAGGAUAUUAUUCAGGCAAAAGAAGCUCAACUGGAGGUUAGGCCUGAUGAAAAUUCAAGGGCAGAAUUGAAGAAGGCAGAGGCAAAGCUUAUUAGAUUCUUGAAUCUUGAGGAAGAAUAUUGGAAGCAGAAAUCAGGAUUGAGUUGGUUCAAGGAGGGGGAUAGAAAUACUAAAUUCUUCCACUCUUAUGUGAAAGGCAGAAGAAGGAGGAUGAAUUUAGAGGAGAUACACACUGAUCAAGGAGAUAUCAUUAAUGGGACACAGAGAAUUGGGGAAGAAGCUGUCAAAGUUUUUAAGAAGCAAUUCACUGAGGAGAGGGGAGACAGAGAUUAUAGCAUGCUGGAGAAUAUUCCUUCUUUGAUCACACAGGAGGAGAAUGACAAAAUCAGUAAACCACCAACGGAAGAUGAAGUAAAGGUAGUGGUGGAUGCCUUAAAUGGAGAUAGCACUAGUGGACCUGAUGGCUUCUCUGGGUUGUUUUUUCAGAAAUGUUGGGACAUCAUAGGCAAUGAUAUCACUAGAAUGGUGCAGGCAUUCUUUGCUGGACAAGAGUUGCCAAGGUAUGUUAUUCACACUAAUUUGGUGCUUAUACCCAAAAAAGAAAAAGUGGUGACUUUUUCAGAUUUAAGGCCAAUUAGUCUAAGUACCUUUUCUAAUAAAAUAAUCUCUAGAAUGCUUCAUGAAAGAAUUGUCGCAAUUCUCCCAAAGAUUAUUUCAAACAAUCAGGCUGGGUUUGUUAAAGGUAGAAGCAUCUCUGAGAAUGUGUUGUUAGCUCAGGAAAUUGUUAGGGACAUAAACAGAAGAAACAAGUUGCAUAAUAUUGUAAUGAAGUUGGAUAUGGCUAAAGCAUAUGAUAGGGUAUCUUGGGUGUUUGUAACAAAAGUGUUGAGAAAAUUUGGUUUCGGGGAGAGAGUGAUUGAUAUGGCCUGGAGGCUAUUAACUAAUAAUUGGUAUUUUAUACUGAUUAAUGGGCAAAAACAAGGGUUUUUCAAAUCCUCCAGGGGAUUGAAACAAGGAGAUCCAUUGUCUCCCACUUUGUUCAUCAUUGCUGCAGAAGUUCUACCAAGGGGUUUGAAUAAACUGCAUGAGGAACCUGAUUACAAAGGAUAUUGUAUUCCCAAGUGGAGCCCAGACAUAAACCAUUUGUCAUAUGCUGAUGACACCAUUUUAUUGUGUUCUGGACAUCACAGAUCUAUAAAGAAGAUGAUGAAAGUGCUAAGAGACUAUGAAUAUGUUUCUGGUCAACUGAUUAAUUUAUCUAAAAGUUUCUUAUAUCUUCAUGAGAAAGUGCCCAUUGCAGACUGCUCAAGAAUUAGGAAAGUGACAGGAAUAGGUCAGGGAACUUUUCCUUUCACCUAUUUGGGAUGUCCUAUAUUUUAUGGGAGAAGAAGAACAGAUCAUUUUGAAGAGCUGCUGAAGAAAGUACAAGGAGGUAUCUACAAACUCACUUUGGAGUGCAUUUAUGUGGAACAAAUACUGCAAGAAAGCCCAUCCUAUAAUGGCCAAAAGCUUACGGGGUUCUCAUAUUUGAAGGAAGAUGGUGCAGAUCAGAGAAGAGAAGAGAUAACAGAAUGUAUAGUAGAUACUGUUAAGCCAGAGUUAACAGAGGGGAGGAAUGAUAAAGCUUGGUGGAUGUUGAAAAAAAAUGGAGAAUUCAGUGUGAAAUCUGCUUGGGAGGGUCAAAGGAAGAAAAAGGAGAAAAGAAGAGACUUUGAAUUUAUUUGGGAUCCCAAAAUGCCUUUUAAAUUAUGUUUCUUCUUUUGGAGGGUGUGGAAAAGAAGAGUAGCUACAGAUGAUAACUUGCAAAGGAUGAAGAUACAGAUAGUCUCAAAAUGUUGGUGUUGUCAUGAAAGCAAAUAUGAGACUAUGACCCACCUUUUUCUAACAGCUUCUAUUGCCAACAAGCUAUGGAAGCAUUUUGCUAAUUGUGCAGGUAUAAACAUAGAAAGCAUGCAGUUGCAACAAGUAAUCACAACAUGGUGGACCAAAAAUGCUAACAUAAAACUAAUGGCAAUUCAGAGAGCAGUUCCAGCAAUGAUAAUGUGGGCUCUGUGGAGGAGAAGGAACACAAUCAAACAUGGAGGAAAAUGCAGUUAUAAUCAGAUGAAGGAGCAUAUCAAAGUUCAGAUACAUCUUUUAAUCAAGGUGAAAUACCCUUGGAUACAAAAGAUCCCUACAGAAUGGAAUAAUAUAGUCAAAUGUCUUAGUGAUUAG